AUGUGGAUCAAGCUAGUGACCAUUCUCGUGGCCGUGUAUGCAGUGCUCGAGGCCAGUUUCCAGACGUGGCUCCCGGCCCACUUCCGCUUCGAUAAGCAGGUGCUCCAGGACCUAGUCCAGGAAACUUUGCAGGCUCAUCCAAACGGCAACGCCACUCAGAUUAUGACCGAUUUGGCGCCCCGCAUCCAGCGUGCGUAUCCUGGGCUCAUCAAUGACUUGAACUUCGACGAUUGGGUGUACAACAAUGCCGGAGGGGCCAUGGGAACAAUGUUCAUUUUACACGCCUCCAUCAGUGAGUACUUGAUUUUCUUUGGCACUGCCGUGGGCACCGAGGGCCACACGGGUGUGCACUAUGCAGACGACUACUUCACGAUUUUGACGGGCCACCAACUGGCGGCGGACCCCUGUUCACUCACGCCCGAAAUCUUCUAUCCAGGCGACCAGCACCACUUGAAGAAAGGCCACGUGAAGCAGUACGCCAUGCCCAGUGGCGGCUUUGCACUUGAAUUGGCCCAGGGCUGGAUUCCUGCCAUGUUGCCCUUUGGCUUUGUAUCCGUGGCGAGCCUGACGCUCGACUUCCAUUCGUUCUACAGGACCGUGUACUUCACGGCAAGAGAUAUGCUCAAGAACUUGGCCCAGGGCAAGUUCUAG